UGUUCGAUCCGAAACCAUGUCCGAGACAAAGACUAAGAAGCCGGCCGAGAAAAAGCCAGCCGAGCAUCCACCCUAUUUAGAUAUGAUCAAAGCUGCUGUCGGAGCGUUGAAAGAGCGAAAUGGUUCUUCCCGUCAAGCCAUCGAGAAGUACAUAAAGGCCAACUUCAAGGUUGGUGAGAUCGGCCCGCACUUAAAGAUGGCUUUGAAGAGGGGUGCCGCUAAUGGACAGCUUCUACGCACCAAGGGAGUUGGUGCUUCUGGUUCUUUCAAGCUACCAAAGGAGGAGAAGAAGCCGAAGAAACAGCCAGCUGCAAAGAGGAAGCCUGCUGCAAAGAGGAAGCCUGCCAAACCAAAGAAGCCUGCUGCCAAACCAAAGAAGCCCGCCGCCAAGAAACCAACGGCGAAGAAGACUGUAAAGAAACCUGCGGCUACGAAGGCACCAGCUAAGGAACCCGCAGCCAAAAAAUCGGCAGUUAAAAAACCGGUAGCGAAGAAGCCCGCAGUUAAAAAAACAGCAGCCAAGAAGCCCGCUGCUAAAAAGCCCGCCAAAAAGCCAGUGACGAAAUCUCCCGAGAAGUCCACCAAGAAGUAGAAACCUGACAUCAACUCUUCACCAAAACGGCUCUUUUAGGAGCCACCACAUUCGAAAAAAGUCCCAUCCAACUGAGAAACACAGAUAGUGUAUCUAUGUUUGCGUGCUGUCUUUGCAUAUUGGUCGAAUGAUUUUCCGAACUAUUGAUGGUCAAUAGUUUUAUAGUAUUAGACCGAGGGGCAGGUUAACAACUAAGAAAAUCUCCAAAACAAAUGUCUUCUAAUCGUAGGCGUAUAAAAGUACUUCCAUUAUCUGUUAGAUUGGUGAAUCUCCUCGAAAUGCUAUGUAUUUCCCUGUGAACUUGUGAGUGUUACAUCACGAUGACUCCUUCCAGCUAUGGUGGGAUAAACUAUGCUCAAACUGUUUCAUUUUGAUGGCACAAUUUGAUGCAUCCUAAAAUUAUUACCUCUUUGCUGGAUAUUGGAAAAUGUGUAGUCAGGAGAU